AUGACGUCCUCCACUGUUACCAGUGGCGUCUUUACCCAGUCAUCCGGUAUCACGGAGCCAGUGUGGCUGCACGACACGCCGCACGAGAAGCUGCCAAAGUCAGAAAGUCUCUCUGAAAACAUCGAGACUGAUAUAUGCGUCAUCGGCUCUGGCAUAUCCGGCAUCUCGAUUGCCUAUGAGCUCGUCACCCGCGGCCGCGAGGUCGUCCUUGUCGAAGCUCGUGAGAUUCUCUCUGGCGAGACAGCACGAACAACUGGACACCUUUCGAAUGCCCUCGACGACGAGUAUCCGGAGAUUGCGAAGAAGCACGGCGAGAGUGGUGCUAGAGCAGCUGCGGAAAGCCACAGCUGGGCCAUAGAGCGUGUGGGCACGAUCGCGUCACAGUUGGGCAUAGACUGUGAAUACCGUCGGCUUCCUGCUUACCGCGUCUCUCAGUUCGAACGUGGUACCGCGGAUUACGAAAAGGACGUCAAGCACAUCCAGGAAGAUGUUGCUUAUGCGCGAAAAGUUGGCAUCAACGCAUCAUACGAUGACGGGCUGACCAUCAAGGGGUGGCAGGGCAAGAUUGAUCAACGUAGUGGUGGUAUUUAUGAGGAUCAGGCCACUUUCCACCCGACCAAGUAUGUCGUUGGUGUACUCGCGUGGCUGAGGCAGCAGCCUAACUUCCGGGUCUAUACCAACACUCGGGUCAUUUCAGUCGAGGAGAAGGGCGUGGAAAUCCUCGGCCUGGGGAGCAAGACUUGCUACGUCUCCACACAGUCGCAAAACACCAUUACGUGCGCAUUUGCCGUCGAGGCCACAAACGUGCCACUGCAGAAGCUCAGCGUAAUUGCACAAGAAGAGUACCAGCGCACAUACGCCAUCGCCAUCCGCGUUCCCAAAGGUAGUGUUGCAGACUGCCUCAUCUACGACUCUGCCGACCCAUACAAAUACGUCCGCGUCACUCCAUGCGAUGACAAGGACGAUUAUCUCGUCGUUGGCGGGUGUGACCACGCAGUGGGUCAAGAGCCUACUCACGGGCGAUUCGAGGAGCUUGAGGCCUGGACUCGCGAACGGUUUCCUCAAGCAACAACGACUGACUACAAGUGGAGUGGUCAGGUCUUCGAACCAGUUGACUACAUGGCAUACAUUGGGCAAAAUCAAGGAAAUAAGCACAUAUACAUUGUCACCGGAGACUCAGGCAAUGGCCUGACUCACGGCGUGCUGGCUGGUAAACUCAUCGCGGACGAGAUUACUGACCAGCCAAACAGUUGGAGUAGCCUUUAUUCGCCCAAGCGCAUCGCCAGCACUCUCAAGUCCGCCCCGAAAAUGCUCGCCCAUGACAUGCAGAUCAAUACCCAGUACAAGCGCUUCUUGCAAUCGGACAUUACAGAUAUCGAAGACCUUGUCCCUGGGAGCGGAGGCGUGCUCAAUCCCAAAACAGGCACCCCGGUUGCGGUCUACAAGGACGAGAAUGGCCAAGUGACAAAGCUGAGUGCGCUUUGCCCUCACAUGAAAGGCGUUGUGUGCUGGAACGCGACAGAAAAGUCGUGGGACUGUCCAGUCCAUGGAAGCAGAUUCGGUGCGGAAGGCACUUGUGUUCAAGGACCAGCAAAGAUGGGUCUGACACGUAUGAAGUGA